AUGAUUUAUUCCCAUUGUCCCAUCCAGGUCUCCACUUCAUCGGCCAGCAGUCUGCUGCGUAUUGUCUUCGACCAGAUCACAGAGGGCCAGUUGGAGUUUGUGGAGCUGGACCAGCACUUUGACACCAUCCAGAUCGGCGAGGGAGAGGACAAACGCGAGUACACCAUCUUCACUGGCAAGACAGAGAUGGAGGCUCACCUGAAAAAUCAGUUUCCAGAUGACAUCACUGCCAUUGAAACUUUUUUCAAAAUCAUGAAGGUGUCAGUCAAGAAGACUCACUAUCUGGCCUCUCUGAAGCUGAUCCCCCAGUGGCUGGCUCUGUUCUUGCUGAAGUCUGGCAUCAGAAACCUCUGCUCCUCCAUCUAUACCCUCUCUGGUACUGGAGCUACAGCUGGCACCUUGACCACCAACAAGGACCUUCACGUCAUCUUCAGUUACCUCUUCUACGGUACUUGGUCUUAAUUUUAUUUUAUGCCCCCCCCCCCCCAGGAUUCCAGUGUAAUAUUCAAUGCUCUUCUGUUGCAACACUACAAGAGAGGAGCGUACUACCCUAAAGGAGGAGCCAGUGAGAUCUCCUACCACAUCAUCCCUGUCAUCCAGAAGUCUGGAGGCAACGUCCUGGUCAGGGCAUCCGUCACUCAGAUCCUGGUCAACAAUGAUGGGGCAGCAUAUGGUGUAAAGGUGAGAAAGGGACAGGAGGAGGUGGAGGUACAUGCUCCUGUGAUCAUCUCCAACUGUGGUCUGUUCACCACCUUCCAGAAAUGACUGCCCCCUGAGACCCAGACCAAACCAGUCAUCCAGGAAUGUUUGGACAUGAUGAAACAUGGCAGGUGAUCAUUAUUGGUCUUCUCUGGCUUUGAUGGAACCCAAGAGGAGCUGGGUAUUGUCUCCACCAACUUCUGGCUCUUCAAAAAGAAUGAUAUGGAUGUUACUAUGGCAUCACUACAUAGCUUACAGUCCUACAUGGAGAUUAGUUUCAUUGAUGCGUCAUCACUCCAGCAUUGUUCAGAUGUCUACAGCCUUGUUGUUUUGUGUAGAAUGGAAGGGUUAAAGAGGAUGCUCCUGAUAAGUGUGUUGACUUCUUUGUGCCACAAAUACGCUGCAGACGUGUCGGAUGUAUACCAUGUUACAUUUCCAGGGAAAUCCUGCAUGACGAUGUUGACCAUGGUGAAAUACGAGUGGUUUGAGGAAUGGACAGAUACCUCAGUAAGGAAAAGGGGAGAUGACUACCCCAACUACAAAAUGAAAUUGGCAAACAAUCUUGACUGGGCAUGCACCCGAUUCCCCAAGCUGAGGGAAAAGUUGGUGUUCCAGGACGUUGCGAGCCCCCCCCCCCUGACUAACAUGCACUACCUGCGAGCCCAGCGCGGGGCCAUGUACUCUGCUGAGCACAACCUUGGCCGCUUCCAUGCUGAGGCUGUGGCCAGGAAGCGUUGCUCCACCCCUGUCAAAAACCUCUCAGGGCAGGAUGUGUUCAGCCGUGGGAUAGCUGGAGCUUUGCACGGGGGUCUCCUGUGUGCCUCCACAGUCCUGGACCACAUCGUCUACAUCAACCUCCUCUUCCUCAAGAAGAAGCAGAAGGAUGGCCAGGCUGGUUAAGAAGCUCGAGUGAGGAGACCACUCCAUUUCUACGCUCCGGAGCGAAGUUUCCCCUAUAAUUUAACUUUCCUAACCUAAAUCACAAGAUGGGACAAUUUAAAACUGACCCAAGAUCAGCGUCUAGGGCCAGCUUCACCCUACACACUACUUCUACAGUAAGGUAGCCUAUACAGGGUCGAAAAAGAAGAAGAAACCGCUAACAUCCGGUUUUCAGGGAUACAGCAUCUUCAACAUAGCUUCCGUUUCCUCUGAAAACCGCAUGUAGGGACCACAGGAGGUUGGUGGUGCCUUAAUUGAGGAGGACGGGCUAAUGGCUGGAAUGCAAUAGGAGGAAAUGAAAUACAACAAACAGAUGGAUUCCAUGUGUUUGAUGCCAUCAGUCGCACCGUUCCGGCCAUUAUUAUGAGCCAUCCUCCUCUCAGCAGCCUCCACUGGUAGGGACUGCUGAAGCGGUUCUUUUACGCCUGCUAGGUUAACAGUAAAGCUGCUCUCUACUUCCUCCGCAGGACUAAAUCUGAACUGCAGGUUUCAUUCUGAUACGGUGACAUCAUGACAAGCUGAGGAGAUGGAAUCCCAACAAAUUUCUGGUUACCUCUUCAUUCCUAGAACAUUAGUAUGAAUGUUCUGGGAGGGGUAAAAUGGUUAACACUUUUGGUUAAAACGUUUCCCAGGGAUGUAUACAUAUUGUAUGUCAUUUUACAAUUACAGAUUGAUUUGAAAAUACAGAAUCUGCCAAUGGAAAGUAAUCCUUGAAUAUGUAUGCACCACUUACACUGUGUCAAAGUUUGAAAUGUUUUAAUGUGAAUCAUUUAAUAUUGUAUUAAUGUAAACAUGUAACAUGGUAAGACCAGGUUCCAGGAUAAAGUGACUAAGGGGACAGUUGAAAUCGGCUAUCGGGCACAAUUUUUGGGUUCUUGCAUUGGAAUUAUAUUGAAUUCUGCUUAUAUCAGGUUAUACCACAAACAGUUUAAACCGACACUCUGAGAUCAUUGAGUGCUUUUGAAGUGACAGGUUGGCAUGAAAUCUGUAGCCCAUCUCAGCUGUGCUGUGUCAGCACAAUGGACAGCGCCCUAACAUACAAGGCCGUUUUGGUAAUGAAUAUAGACUACAAGAUGGACAGGGUAAUUCACCUAUUAUAAACAGCCUAUGUGAAUGCAGUCUUACACACCGCUGUCUUAACAAAAUAAUACUAACUAAAUGCUGAAAGUAGUAGCUUAGUUAUUCAUGCAUGCUAGCAAUAACACUGAACAGCAGUUUGGCUUAGAAUACCGACACAACUGCGAAUGCGAACAAAUGAGAACAGAACAAAACAACGGUACCAAGUAGUAGGCCUAGUUAACUAAAUAUCAGUCCGAUAAAAGAAUGACACAAUCUAGAUUUAGGUUAGUUACAUUAACAGUAAACAAUGCAGUAAACAAAAGGUUCAAUGGAGAUCCAAAUAACCCAAAUCUAGCCUACAACCUACUACAGUUAGAUGUAGACAUGCACAGCUGUCUUUCCAAAUAACCCAAAUCUAGCCUACAACCUACU